CUGGGGUCAUCUCAUCUUUUUUAUAAUUCAAGCAAAAACAGCCAACAGCAUCAUCAUGAUUCAACAAAAAAUGAUGAGCAUAAUAGUAAAUACUGAGCAACCCCAUCUCAACUUUUAACCCAAAUCAUCAAACUGGUUUUAUCAAUUAAUUAAUAAUCAUUAUAAUAUAAUAUUCCCACUUCUGUCUUUGUCUUUGAAUUUUCUGUUUGUAUGUGACUGUUGUAACGAAUUAUAUCUACCAACUCUGAAGAAAUCUCAUCUUACAUGCGCUGCCUAGUAAUAUAUAAACCGGAAUUAUGACAAGGGUCGGCCGUGAUUUUAGCUACACAAUGCAAAGUUUGGCAGUCCCGCCCGUGUCUGCAGAUGUGGUAUUUGCCUCUGCUCGGUUUCCCAACUACAGAACCGGAAAUGAAGACGGGAAAUUAAUGAAGGAAGUCAUAGCCAGAGAGACUGCCCAGUUGUUAGAACAGCAAAAACGCUUAUCUGUUCGUGAUCUAGCUAGCAAAUUUGAGAAGGGUCUGGCUGCUGCUGCUAAAUUAUCCGAUGAGGCUAAACACAGGGAUGUGGCCAGUUUAGAGAAGCAUGUUCUUUUAAAGAAGCUUAGAGACGCACUCGAAUCCCUUAGAGGGCGUGUGGUCGGUAAAAACAAGGAUGAUGUUGAAGUGGCUAUUUCCAUGGUUGAAGCUUUAGCUGUCCAGUUGACUCAGAGGGAGGGAGAGUUGAUACAAGAAAAGGCUGAGAUUAAAAAACUUACAAGUUUUCUGCAGCAGGCUUCAGAAGAUGCUAAAAAGCUUGUGGAUGAAGAAAGAGGUUUUGCACGAACUGAAAUUGAAAAUGCGCGAGCUGCAGUUCAGAGAGUGGAAGAGGCUCUUCAAGAACAAGAAAGAAUGUCCCAAGCUUCCGGAACCCAGGAGGAUAUGGAAGCACUAGUGAAGGAGGUUCAAGAGGCCAGGCGGAUCAAAAUGCUGCAUCAGCCUAGCAAGGUUAUGGAUAUGGAACAUGAGCUUCAAGCAUUACGGAUUCAACUGGCUGAGAAGUCAAAGCGUUCAAUUGAGCUUCAAAAAGAGUUGGCAUUAAGUAGGAGGGGAGAGGAAAGUGGAUCCUGCUUGUUUGAACUAAAUGGCACAACUGCUUUAGGCUCCUACUUGGAGAUUCAACCUUGUUCCAAUAGUGCCCCACAACUUUCCCAAUGUUCAAUUCAGUGGUAUCGCAUGGCAUCUCAAGGUGGAAACAGGGACAUUAUUUCAGGAGCCACCAAACCUAUAUAUGCUCUCGAGCCCUCCGAUGUAGGCCGGAUUCUGCAAGUUGACAUCAUUUCAGAUGGUCAGAGCAUUACUACACUAACAACAUCCGAUCCCAUUGAUCCAGCUGCAGGAUUAGGAAACUAUGUGGAAGCAUUGGUGCGCCGACAUGAGACGGAAUUUAAUGUUGUUAUAAUCCAAAUGAACGGGGUAGACCAUCCUUCAGAGUCAAUUCACGUACUUCAUGUGGGGAAAAUGAGGAUGAAACUUUGUAAAGGAAAGACAACUGUGGCUAAGGAAUAUUAUUCGUCUUCAAUGCAGCUUUGCGGAGUUCGGGGUGGUGGAAGUGCUGCAGCUCAAGCAUCAUUUUGGCAGCCAAAGAUUGGACUCUCAUUUGUGCUGGGAUUUGAAUCGGAAAGGGAAAGAAAUGCUGCUAUUAUGCUCGCUCGUAGAUUUGCCUUCGAUUGUAAUAUAAUGCUUGCUGGCCCAGAUGAUAGAGCAGCCCGGAAACAUUAACCUCUGAGAUGCUUUGCUUUGCUUUGCUUUGCUUUGCUUUCGGUUUUUACAAAUUUAAGCAAAUCAAUGUUGUAAUGUGUAAGUUUGUAUUUCUUGGCAAAAUUUCAUUGCUGCCUGUGAAACUCUGAUUUUCUACCUCUUUAGGCAUCCUUAGUAGUGUUAAUUCUUUUUGGCUUACUUAUUGUGACAACCUUUUGUAGUUUAAUAUCAAGUGUUGUAUGUGCAAAGAAGGGACGGUUAAUAACAUUGAUCACAAGUUGUAUGAACUGGUAAAUGGAUUAUGAUGUUAUUUAUGUAAA